AACUGCAGUAUCUGACUAUUAUCCAGUUCCAUUCUAAACAUGCCAUCGCCCUCCUCCCUCCUUCCAAAACACAACCAUGUCCAGAAUAGCAAACACCGAGCACGUCCCUUCCAUGAGCCGUAUCAACUCUGAAACACACCACGCGAGGACGGACCGCAUCGUCUAAUAAGCCGUCAUUGUCAGACACUGAGACAACUCCACCAGUUUGAAGCUCGACAGGAUGAAGACAAGACGGUGUCAGUGUCAGUGUCAGAUUCGGCAGCUAGCAGCUGGCAGCUGGCAGGAGCGGACGCCGUUUCGAUGGUGAAACGUGUCAGAUGAGUAUGAAACGUCAAACUGUCAGUGGUUGGGACGGUAGGCAGCGCGUUUCUGUUUCUAUUAUUUCAUCCAUAAUAAUACCAGAGAGAGGUUCAUGGGCAUAUGGAUACAAGGAUGUCGGUUCUCGAAACAACGGUUGUCGUGAGUAUUUCCAGCCGCAUCAACAUAUUCCUACUCAGUAUCCCUACUUCAUACGAACUAGGGAUAGCCAGCGAACAGAGCUCGGCUGGUCAGCCAGCCAGCCAGCAGCCUAACAGGGCAGGACCGACGAUCAUUGCGGAAUUCAACAGAAGCAUACAUAACAUUGCGAUUGUGAUUGCAAUUGCAAUUGUGAUCGUAUUCUUCAGGUAUCCAGUGCGACAGGGGUUGUGGAAGGAAGUCGGAGCCAGGGUUGCUUCUUCGUAUGACGUACUGGAGGGUGGUUCUAGAAAGACAGAUUGAGUUUGGAUCAGGGGAAUAUAGAGAGUUUGGGCGGUUAUUAGAGUGGUCGACUAUUGGAAUCGAAUCGGACAAGGGUGAAUUUCGGCAGCGUGGUAGCGUAUAAUGUCUACGAAUACGGGAGGAGCUAUUCUUUGCCUUUGAUAUUGUGGGAAGAGAGUGAUAUUCUGUAUGGAGAACUGUCAUUUGUAAAUGGAGGAGUGGAGAGAACCCAGCAACCAGGUAAUGGCAGCGGUGACAAGCAGGCACAGGACAUGACAAAUUCCACUAGCAUAUGAUGGAUCACCCUGAAUCCUGACCGCGUGGAUGGCAAAUUUGCUGGAU